GAACCACUCAAAGACCCUAAACCUCAUGCAAGGGAUCAACCAGUCCCGCUCGAACAAUGCCCGAAGAGGAAAUCAUUCUUUUAUUUGAGAUCACUGAUCAGGACUCAUAGUCGCUCGAAACAGGUAUGUAAGCGAACAAAAGGAACAGGUGGAAGGUUUCAGCCGGCUGCUUGACAGAGGAUGCAGUGAAACCCUGGGAUUUAUGCCUUCGCUCUUACCCUCACUUACACGUUUUGGCUUAAUACAUCUCAUCUCUUGUCCUUCUUUCAUCCUACAACUUUCGAACUCUUUAACUGCCUCGAUUACCUCCCAUUUGAAAUACAUUUUCACAGUAUCUGAUCAAAAUGGCGAAAAGAAAACGUGAAGCAGCAGGAAAGGAGAAGGGUAACAAGAAAAACACCCGAGAGAAAGAUCAGACAAAGUUAUCGAAGAUGGAGGCAUACGAGGAACUGCUCAUAUGGGCAAAAGAUAAAGGUAUCGUUCUCAACGGCGUCGAGCCCAGACGGAUACCAGGCCGAGGAAUGGGAAUAGUGGCCACCAAGCCACUCAAGGACAACGAGACCAUCUUGACAGUCCCUUCUGACACCCUCCGGACCUAUGAAACUGUUCCCCCUCUCAUAGCCCGUGCCCUUCCAAAGGACAUCUCCAUCCACGGCCUGUUAGCCGCCGAUCUCGCCUUUGACCCUUCUCCGUCCGCCAAAUAUCGACAAUGGAACGCCGUCUGUCCUAUGCAUGAAGAUGUCUGGGACUCUUUGCCUUUGACAUGGGACCACCGGCUGCGAGAGUUUCUGCCCAAACGGGCUUUGGAGUUGCUUUUGAAGCAGGAGGCCAAAUUCAAGAAAGACUGGUCCAUGGUCCAACAGUCUAAGCUGCUCACUCCAACGUCUGGUGAGAAGGAGGACGAGAGCUCCGAGGAGGAAGGCGGCCAACUGAACAAGACUAUAACAAGAGAUGACUACCUCUACGCCUGGCUUCUCGUCAACACCCGCACCUUCUACCACGAAACACCCAAAACGAAGAAGUUCAAAAAGGAAGACAGAAUGGUGUUGCAACCAGUCGCAGAUCUGUUCAAUCACACCUCAUACGACCCAUCAGCCGAGGACAAGGAAGGCAACAGGGAAACCUGUUCAGUCGCCUUUUCGCCCACCGCCUUCACCAUCACCACCACUCGCCCUUACACCGCCGGCGAAGAGGUCUACAUCUGCUACGGCAACCACUCUAACGACUUCCUCCUCAUCGAGUACGGCUUUUUCUUCGACGAAAAUGUCUGGGACGAAGUCUGCAUAGAUGAUGCCAUCCGCCCUUUAUUGGAUCAGCACCACCAACCAAACCCAGCCCAACAACAACAACCCAAGAAGACAACCCGAAGGUUAAACGAACGAGGCAAAAAAGACCCCAAAUCACAAGCCUCCGACCAACCACCAAAGUCCCCCAAACACCUCCUAGAGGAAACCGGCUUCCUAGGCAACUACAACCUCGACCCCCGCAAUCCCACAGGGUGCUACCGCACACAGGUGGCUCUUCGCGCCGUUUCCGCCCUUUCAGACAACCCAGGCCCCCAAGGUGAAAAGAAGUUCCGUGCCUUCGUCGACUACGGCCAAGAUCCCUGGGAGGAAUCACCAGAGGAGCAAGCGAAGCUGAAUGCGCUGUUGGCACAAGCGUUGAAGCAAUGGAGGGGGGAUGUGAUUGGGAAGAAGAUCUUGGAGGGGUUAAGCCAGUUGGAGUGGGGGAGGGAGGGAAAAGAAGAUGAAGAUGUAGUAGGGAGAGAGUGUCAUAGGGAUAUGUUGUUGAUGAGGUGGAGGCAGGUUGGGAGGAUGGUUGAUAGGGCUUUGGAGGAGCUUGAGUGUUGAAGAUGACGGGAGGCUUUGGGGAGGAGAGGGGAGAGAGAAGACGGUUGAAGGGCAUGGGCAGG